CGCACGAGCUCAAAAUCUCUGUGGCGUGCACGCGGCCAGUAUACAUCCUGUAUCACAUCAAGAUGGCCGCUCCCAGUGCUGUGCUCUCCAUGUCCAAAAUCAUUAAACCUUUCUGGGGCGGACGACUGCAACAUGCGGCUAAAGUGUUUGGACCAUCGGUGACAAGUUACAGAGAGAAGUCCUCACACACUGGAGAAAACAUUCCCCCUCCUGCAAAGUAUGGAGGCAGGCACACUGUGACCCUCAUACCUGGAGAUGGAAUUGGCCCAGAGUUGCUUAAUCAUGUCAGAGAGGUUUUCAGGUUCAGUUGUGUACCCGUGGACUUUGAGGUGGUGCAUGUCAACUCUGCCUUGGACACUUUGGAUGAUAUCAAUAAUGCCAUCACUGCCAUCCGUCGCAAUGGAGUUGCUCUAAAAGGAAACAUCGAGACCAACCACACCAUGCCGCCUUCUGUCAAAUCCAGAAAUAAUCUCCUUCGCACCAGUUUAGACCUGUAUGCCAAUGUGAUGCACUGCCAGUCCCUGCCUGGAGUCCAGACUCGACACAAGAACAUUGACAUCAUGAUCAUCAGGGAGAACACAGAGGGGGAGUACAGCAGUCUGGAGCAUGAGAGCGUAUCGGGAGUAGUGGAAAGCCUCAAGAUCAUCACCAGGAACAACUCACUCAGGAUCGCUGACUAUGCCUUCCGAUUGGCCAGGGACAAGGGUCGCCGCAGGGUCACUGCUGUUCACAAGGCCAACAUCAUGAAGCUUGGUGACGGUUUGUUCCUGCAGUGCUGCAAAGAAGUGGCCGCCGGCUACCCAGACAUCACGUUCGAUAGCAUGAUAGUGGACAACACCACCAUGCAGCUGGUAUCCAAGCCAGAGCAGUUUGACGUGAUGGUGAUGCCCAAUCUCUACGGGAAUGUGGUGAGCAACGUGUGUGCUGGCUUGGUGGGAGGGCCUGGCCUGGUGCCUGGGGCCAACUAUGGUCGGGACUAUGCCGUCUUUGAAACAGCCACAAGGAACACAGGGAAGAGUAUUGCCGACAGGAACAUUGCUAACCCCACGGCCAUGCUGCUGGCCAGCUGCAUGAUGCUGGACCACCUCAAGCUUUACGACUAUGCCAGUUUGAUCCGGAACGCAGUCCUCACCACCAUGAAUGAAACAAGGUUGCACACGGCCGACAUCGGGGGGCAGGGCACCACAUUAGAAGUGGUCCAGUCUGUCAUGAGGAUCAUCCAGAGUAAGGGGCAGCUCACUGCGGAGCUGUAAACCACUGAUGAGGACAACACAUACACACACCCACAUCACAGGUGUAUGUGUGUGUUUGAACAGGUGUCUGUAUGCAUGUCUGUCUCCACGGUGAUGGUUCCUGUCAAAUGACAUUGAAACGGUUCCUUUUUGUGUUGGCACAGCUUACUGACCAGUUCACUACCAAACAGCCUUUUAUUCAAGCCUGUGUUCAACAUACAUGAUAACUUAUACUGUAUUCAUUUAAACACGGUUUACUUUUGAUCACUUCCACUAUAUUUUGGGCAAAAGACUCUUAAGUCACGAGUGCCUAAAACUGAUCACGGUUUAAAUCUCUGUUGCCAAACGGUCUUAAAAUAUGAAAAAGACAUCUUGCUGUGCCCUAAAUACCAAGAAAUGAACAGUUAUGAAAUAUCUUUUUGAAAAUGCCAACAUGGAGAUAAUAUAUUAUUUGUACAAAGUCAUCGUGUUGAAUUUUCUCAGUCCAUGGCCCAGUGUUGAGUGGAAUAUCAUCUGAUCAUUUCAAGUUUUAGGAUUAUGUGUUACAGCCUUUUUAAUCAAUCCAAUUGUACAUUUUAAGUUUAAUGCUUUGGGUUUUGUUUUUUGUUUGUUUGUUUGUUUUUUGGGUCAUACUGUAAUUUAAGCAUCAACUUGCUUGUUACAUAUUGUGCUGUCCUGUAUGUUCACAUUAUAUCAACUGUACAUUGGCAGGGAUUAUGUAGCUUCUUCACUUAUACUGUAUAUUGGAGCAGGUGCACAGUAACAGAGCUUAUGCUGGUACCAUGAUUAUGUUGAUGAUCAUUUGGCCUGAGUAUGGCUCUGAUCCUAGGGAUAUACUAUUAUCUCCUUGGUUCAGUCGUGCCUGACAUGAGCUCUUAAAUCUUGAUAUGAAAUGGCUGAUUUUAUCAGAGCUGUGGGUAUAUGCACCACAAAUAUCAAUAAAGCAAUUAUCUGACUCAU